CUCAUACAGUACUCGGAUUCAAUCCUCCAGAAGUUGGAAAGAAGCGGUUGACCAACAUCGAGUUGUCCGCAUGUUGGUGGUGGAUGUUAGAGUUCUCGGGACGGCCCCGAAGUUUAAUACGGUUUAAGAUCUACAGAUAUGAUCCUUUUCUCCGACUCCCAUUGGUGAUGGAAUUGUAAUCCUUCAACCUCCUUUCUAAGUAGGUUGGGCAUGACAGGGUCUUUGCAACCUCUCCCGGCUAUUUUCUUCUGUAUUUUUACAGGUCGACUACUGUAGGUAAGUCUUGAGCUACGACACUAUGUGAUCUCGAACAGUUCCCGUCCCUAUCAUAUCUACCAGAAUGACUCAGCCAGUUCAGUUCAGCAGAUUCAGCACUCUUUUCAGCGUCUAUCGUCACUUCGAAAUUUACCCCCAACAUAUCUACACUGCCUGAUUAGUUCAGCUCCCCAAGUUACCAAAUAUGGGGUUGGGCAGUCCCAGUUCCGUCUUCCGUCGGUGGCUGGGGUACUCGAGUACCUACAUUUCUGUACAGUCUCAGACCUUGCCCCCGAACAUGUCAUGGGGGUCUAAAAUCUGCAAAUCCUGCAAAUCUGACAUGAGCGUUAUCGGGAUUUUUGUCACAUCUACCCAAUGACUUUGGAAAUCCUCGCCACAGAUUUAUUACCCUCACUUGGCACAAAGAGCGCAUUACCUAUGAGGCUGUUGAUAUCAAAGAACAACAAAUUUCAACGAAUGAAUAUGUCCAUCAGCUAUCCUACAGCUUAGUACGCCGUAUCAGUAGCACUAUUUAGUAGUGCCGGCCGUUUUGUUUAACCCGCUCGCAGCUCGACUACCAAUCCGGUGAGGACGUUAUCCUACGUACAUGUGGAUCGCAGAAACCCUGGUAGCUAUGCAUGCACGAACGGCGUCACCUACCUGAGAGGGGCUCAUACAAUAAGGACUUGCCCCCGGAGAAAAGGUACUUGAAGUCAUUUAUAUAAUCUCCCACCUUCCCCCCUCGUCCAAGACUCUUGCUCUUUUUGUACCUGGUUCUGGUCCUUCUGGAUUCUCUUGAACUUUUUCCUUCUGUAUAUACCGUAUCCGACAUCAUGGCUGAAAAGUAUGACGAGGAGAAGGGGAGCCCCAAGGUGCCUACCUCGGAUCAAUCGUCGUCUCGUAUCUCACCCACCAGAGAAUCGAAAGGUCCUUGGACAACUCGAUUUGUUGAUAGUUUCAAACGUGAUCCUAAUGUUUCCCUCACGAGACCAUCCGAUAGAGCAGAUUCCAAAGGGGGGUUCGAUCAUGCUGCUGCCGCCGAACGUACUGCCAAUUCGGGGUUGGCAAAGAAGCUGAAGGGGCGACAUAUGCAAAUGAUUGCCAUCGGUGGUUCAAUUGGUAAGUUUAUCGAGCCUAGAAUCUCUGAGAUGGUGGCAGCACUCGCCAAGAUUCAGGGGAGUGUGAAGCGACUUUGUUUACUAACAAACUCCAGGUACUGGUUUGUUCGUUACUUCUGGAGCUGCCCUCGCAGGAGGUGGACCAGCUUCAUUAAUUAUCGCAUAUGGUAUCAUUGGUAUUCUCAUGUUUUGUACGGUCCAGGCUCUUGGUGAGCUUGCUGUUGCUUUUCCUGUCGCCGGUUCCUUCUCAGCAUAUUCAACACGCUUCUUGGACCCAGCAUGGGGUUUUGCUAUGGGAUGGAAGUAAGUAUUCUCGCUCUUAGUUUUCUCACAGUUCACAUCUUGUCUGUCAAAUUCUGUCACCAAAAGGAUUUCUUAACGAGAGACUGACCUGUUUAUAGCUACGCUAUCCAAUGGCUUGUCGUCCUUCCUCUUGAGAUCGUCGCUGCUUCAAUCACGUUAAACUUCUGGCCAGGUGCGCAGGACACCAACUCCGCCGCCUGGGUAACUAUCUUUCUUAUCGUAAUUGUCUCCAUCAACUUCUUUGGUGUGAGAGGAUAUGGUGAGGCGGAAUUUAUCUUCGCUAUCAUCAAGGUCGUUGCCGUCAUCGGUUUCAUCCUACUUGGAAUUGUAUUGAACUGCGGCGGCGGGCCUAUGGGUGGAUAUAUUGGCGGUCGUUACUGGUAUCCAAAUACCGUACAGACAGAUUAUGCAGGUUACACAAUUGGCGGCCAAGAACCUGGAAGCAUUGCCUCUGGUGCCUUUAACCACGGUUUCAAAGGUCUUUGUGGUGUUUUCGUCACCGCUGCUUUCUCCUUUGCUGGAACCGAGUUAGUUGGAUUGGCUGCUGCUGAGGCCGACAACCCACGCAAAUCCCUCCCGACCGCCAUCAAGCAGGUCUUCUGGCGAAUCUGUCUUUUCUACAUGGUCUCCUUGACUUUGGUCAGUGUCCUGGUGCCAUAUGGCGAUGGAAGACUUCUUGGUGCAAGUUCCACUGAUGCCAAAGCAUCACCAUUCGUUAUUGCCAUCAACAAUGCCGGUAUCCAAGUCCUACCAUCCAUCAUGAACGUUGUUAUUCUCAUCGCUGUCUUGUCCGUUGGAAACUCUUCGAUUUACGGCUCUUCUCGUACCCUCGCCGCUCUGGCAGAAAUGGGUCAAGCCCCCCAAUUUCUAGCCUACAUCGACCGACAAGGCCGCCCUCUUUUUGCCAUCAUCGGUGCCUCAAUCCUCGGACUCCUCUGUUACGUCGUAGCAGGUGGGCCAACCACUGCCAACACUGCAUUGAACUGGCUCUACUCCCUCUCCGGACUCUCCUCCAUCUUCACCUGGGGCUCCAUCUGCCUCGCACACAUCCGCUUCCGACACGCCUGGAAGAAGCAAGGCCACAGCCUCGACGAACUCGCCUUCCGCUCCCAAGUCGGCGUUAUCGGCUCCUGGGUCGGUUUCCUGCUCAACUGCCUCGUCCUCAUCGCGCAAUUCUGGACGGCUGCCUGGCCCGUGGGAUACGGCGACCUCUCCGGGACCGAAAUCGCAAAGACGUUUUUUCUGGCGUACCUUGCGGCGCCCGUGGUUAUCGCUUUCUAUGUCCCGUAUAAGAUCUACUAUAAAACUCCGUUUAUGCGUAGUAUGGAUAUGGAUUUGCAUACGGGAAGACGGGAACUUGAUACGGCGGCGCUGAUUGAGGCGGAUCGGGUGGAGAGGGCGGCGCUGCCGAGAUGGAAGAGGAUUUAUAAGAUUUUCUGUUGAGUGGAAAGAUGGGGGGUGUAGAGGAUUAGGUAUCUUAUGAGAUAUAUGUCUUAUUUUACGAUGGCGUUGUUUCUUUAUGAAAUCCUUUUUUUGGUUUUGUCGUACUGUAGAUAUCCGCACUUUACAAUCUAGAGUGGCCCUUCUUUUUAUCUUUAAUAUAAUUUUUAUUCUUUCCUG